UUGCUGAAUAUGUCAAGUUUAAUUCGCCAAUUUCGGAUAAACCCUUCUGUAAAUAAGACACACGAACAACUUAUGCUAAAAAAUUAGGGCACACCGAGAAAGAGCAUCACUCUCACAUCCACGGUAGAUUUUGCAGCAAUUCGACAAAGACUUUGAUAUCAUAGUCGAAACUUCUCAUUCUCUGCCAUUGAAGAUGAGGAGAAUUUCUCUGCAUUGCCCUCGCAGUGGUAUUCCCUUUAUAUAUUUCUUUGAUAUUUAUCCUUCUUGUUCGGCAAUUACAAUCAGAGGCCAUAGUAAUACAUCCAUUUCAGUAAAGGGUAAGUUUGGGGUAAGUAGCAACUUUGAGAAUGUCAAGUGUUUAGAUGAUGCUCUGACUCUAUUCCACCAAAUGAUCAGAACGAAGCCUCUUCCGUCUCUUGUCGAAUUCUCUAAAUUAUAUAAGACUAUGCUAAGUAUGAAGCAUUACUCUGCUGUAGUUUCUCUUUUUGGAGAGAUGCAGAAAUCGUAUAUCCAGAUUGAUGGGUUCAUCUUGAGUAUCGUGAUUAAUAGUUAUUGCCUGAUGCAUCGUGUUGAUUGUGGAUUUUCGGUGUUACCCAUUUACUUGAAGAAUGGCAUUCCAUUUAAUGUUGUCACCUUUAACACCCUAAUAAGGGGAUUCUUUGCUGAAAAUAAGGUCAAAGAUGCAGUUAACUUGUUCAAAAAGUUGGCGAAAGAGAAAAUUUGUGAGCCUAAUGAAGUCAUGUAUGGAACAGUCAUGAAUGGGCUCAGCAAAAGGGGCCAUACUCAAAAAACUUUAACUUUGCUCCGGUUAAUGGAAGUAGGGAAAACAAAGCCAAACAUACAUAACUACAACAUUGUUAUAGAUGCGCUUUGCAAAGAUAGAAACUUAGAUGCUGCUAUCAACCUUUUGAACGAGAUGAAGCAGAAAGUCAUUCCUCCAGACAUAGUCACAUAUAAUUCAUUAAUUGAUGGUUUGUGUAAGCUUGGUCAGUGGGAAAAGGUUAGGACUUUGUUUGCUGAGAUGGUAAAUUUUAAUAUUUAUCCAAAUGUGCGCACCUUCACCAUGGUGAUUGAUGGACUAUGCAAAGAAGGGAAAGUUGAAGAUGCCGAGGAAGUAAUGAGACAUAUGAACGAAAAAGGUGUAGAGCCUAAUAUAUUCACUUACAAUGUGAUAAUGGAUGGAUAUUGUUUGUGUGGUCAAAUGGAUAGAGCGAGGAGAAUUUUUGAUUUCAUGAUAGAUAAGAGCAUUGAGCCUGACAUUAUUUGCUAUAACGUACUAAUAAAUGGAUAUUGUAAGAAAAAGAAAUUGGCCGAGGCUAUGCAAAUGUUUCGUGAAAUUUCUCAAAAAAGACCAAAACCUAAUAUGGUUACCUACAAUACUAUCUUGCAAGGUCUGUUUGAAGUUGGACGAAUUGGCUCUGCAAAACAGGUAUUCGCGGAGAUGUUAUCUACGGGGCCCAUACCUGAUUUAUGCACUCAUACCACUUUACUCGAUGGUUAUUUUAAGUAUGGACUUGUUGAAGAAGCUAUGUCUUAUUUUAAUAAGUUGGAAAUAAAGAGAGUAAGUAGAGAUAUUGGAUUUUACAAUGCUGUCAUUAAUGGAUUGUGCAAAAAUGGUGAACUCGACAAAGCUCAUGCUAUUUUUGAGAAGCUUUCUAUAAUGGGAUUGCUUCCUAAUUCAAGAACAUACAAUACAAUGAUAACUGGAUUUUGUCUGGAAGAGUUGUUAGAUGAAGCUAAAGGUAUGCUAAGAAAAAUGGGGGACAACGGUUGUUUGCCAAAUGAGGUCACUUACAACGUUAUUGUGCAAGGAUUUCUCAGGUAUAGUAAAAUUAGUGACGUGGCAACUUUUAUGAAGGAAAUGGCCGGAAAGGGCUUCUCAUUUGAUGCAACUACAAGUGAGUUACUGAUAAACGUUAUAAGUAAGAACCCUUCCGUCCUUGACAUGAUACCACAUUUUCACUCGAAAAAUAAGAAGUGAGUAUUUCUUUCGCUUGGUUUAUUCACUAUCACUAUGAUACAAUUUCCGUUUAUCUCUGCGAAAGAAAUGGCAUCCAAUUCAGUAUCUGGAGCUUUCCAGGCAGGCUUAUUACGAGGUACAUCACUUUUGAUAUUUUGAUUGUUUUUCCACUCUUCUUUAUCUUGCAAAUCAGAUCUUACUGCCAUCUUAAUACCAUAAAUAAUCUGAAUUCCCUUAUGUGUACACAUUAUAAGUCUAGGGAUAACAUUUCCCAUGCUAUUUAGUUAUCUUUUGAGAAGCUAUCACAAUUGCCUGUGACUUAUAAGUUGCUGUUGGAACAAUCUUUUCAAUAUUUCUGAAUUCUUGGUUACAUCAUCCUUAAUUGGAACACAAGAACUGACUAGAUCAACCCCAUCCUUCUGUCCCCGAAUCAUAUAAUAUGAAUAUUUGUGAUUUUCCUGAAAUUGAAUUAGAAAGUUUAAAAUCGAUAGGGUAUAUUAUAGGUGAACAAUCAACACCGUAUUCGAAUUAUUUAGGUAUAUAUAUUUGGAGGUUUAUAUGUGAUCCAAGAAUAGGAUGUUUUAUUGGGAUUGACAUUUUCAUAGAACAAUGAACGCCAUUGACAAAUAUUGGGAACCGUCAACACUUGAAAGUAGGCUAGAGCUUCUCUAGCAUUUAUUGCAACCAUUGUAUAUGUCAAAGUUAAUUUCUUUUACAUAAACUUAAUUCAAGUAGGCUAACAAUGAUAUGAUUGAAGUUUUAACUUGCAAAAUUUAGCCGUCAAAGACCUUUUUUUUUCUCUGAAAAAUUCUUUUGUUAGGAAAAAUUUUCUGUGUCACGUGAAUUUUGCUUUCAGUUUUCUGAAAAGUAUCUUAAGCUAGCCUUUAAUAAAAUAAUUCGUCAUACCCCUAAACAGAAUUGUAAUAAGGACAAAAAUGAAACAAGCUUUUUAGCAGUUGUAUUGUAUAAUUCGCCUAAUAAUGUCAACAUUCCAACACUAGCUUUAGGUGUGGUGCCAAACAUGCAUGUCCUUAAAGUGUGCAACUUUCUAUCCUGCAGUUAUUUCACUUUGACCUUUACUUCACUCCAAUUCUCCUUAAAUUCUCCCACCCCACAAAAAGAUAAGAAAAAAAGUGAGGGAAAAUAGAGAAAAAUGGAAUUCUUGAAAUGUUUCUUAGGUAUUCUUGUUCUUGUUAUGGUAUUUUCUGUGUCCAAUGGAGAUCCUCUAGUUCCGGCAUUAAACAUUUUUGGAGACUCUGUAGUUGAUGUUGGAAAUAAUAACAAUUAAAGUACACUUAAAAGCUUAUGAAUUUUCAUCUGAUAAUACAAGCAAUUUGCCAGGCCUAAAAAUUUUGAAUCUCCAUUUUCUACUGUCUAGUAUUUGCAAGAUGAUUUACUAGAUGCCAACACAAAUAGCUAGUCUUUGUACUUUGUUCUCCUUCUUUUUGCCAAUUUGCUACCUCUCUCCCAUUAACUCUCUUGAACCAGAAGAUCCCUGGAAAACCAUAUCACAGGGAAGAUCAUCCAUGCAACGAAAGUUGGGGACAUUAUGACAGAAAAGAACAAGCUUAUCGCGGUCACACUCACACCAAAAACUAAAGUUCUGAAAGCGAUGCAACUGGUAACAAGACCAUCCACUAAACAAUUGCUGGUACAGUGUUCCAAAUUGUCCUGGCAGCUAUUUGAAGUCGGACUACCCUUAUCCAUCUCAGUAGUAGUUCUUUCGGAGUUUCCGACAUGCACCGUUUUAGAUCAAAUAAAUUCAAAAAUAUGUACCAAAUCUGAGCUGUAAACUUGCAAUGUGUGAAUAAGUGCUUGCAUCUUCCUAGCCUUCUUCACAGAGGAUACACCUGUUGCGAUUAUUUGAGUCAAAGAUACCUCUCUUACCCUAGCUGUGUGAGGCAUCCAACCUUGUAAGGGGCUUUGUUUUCUCCAUAUCAAUUUCCAAGGCCAGAUAUGGUGUUGCCAACUACUUUGGGAGAACACCUCAGAGCCUGAUUUUAUCGGGAAUAAUGCCGCAUUUGUGUUCCUUCUAUUCUGUCUUGUCUGGUUCUGGUUGCAACCCGUGGCAUCCUUCAUUCACUUGCAAAGAUUGGCUCAUUUCGUCCAUUUCACAGUCAUUACACCUUCUUUUCUAAGGUAUGUUCCAUCCUUGUGGAGACUAAUACACUUCUUUUGUUGCAUGAUGAUUAGUUGCAAAGCUGAAAAUCUUGGGAAAUUUCUCCUUGAGUGGUCUGUUCCCUAUCCAUCUGUCUUACUUGAAGAGGAUUUUCCUACCAUCUCCGAGUUCAAUGUGAAUGUGCUCUGACUCUGAGAAUUUACCCCAUAAGUUUCUGAUAUAUUUCCAAUUUGACAUCAGCAUCUUUAGUGUUCUUCUGUUAUUCUUAUACAAGAGAAUGGUGGGGAUAGGGAGUGGCCCGGCCCAGCCAGCAGGGGCGGAGCUACAAGGCUGCAUAUGAGUUCGGCAUAACCUAGUAGUUUUGGCUCAGACCCUGUUUUUUGGUUAAAAAAUUCAUUUAAUAUGUAUAAAUAAUUUAUUCAGAACCCAAUAAACUUGUGCCUUUUCUAAAA